CCUCGACAUUAACGCCAAUCAGCCGACGGAGAGAAGGGCUUUCGAGUGAGCGAGAUCGAGCAAUGGGGGAUGUGGAGACGAAGGGGGUGGUGCUGCUGGACUUCUGGGCGAGCCCGUUCGGGCAGCGGUGCCGCAUCGCAUUGGCGGAGAAGGGAGUUGAGUACGAGUACAGGGAGGAGAACAUCAGGGGGGACAAGAGCCCCCUGCUGCUCGAGUCCAACCCCGUGUACGAGAAGAUCCCCGUCCUCAUCCACGACGGCAAGCCUGUGUGCGAGUCCCUGAUAAUCGUCCUGUACAUUGACGAGGCGUGGCCCGACCGCGCGCCGCUGCUUCCCGCCGACCACUACGCCCGCGCCCAGGCCCGCUUCUGGGCCGACUUCGUCGACAAGAAGGUCUGUGAAUCUGCAUUGAAUCUGUGGAAGCUUAAGGGCGAGGCCCAGGAGGCGGCCAAGGAGGAGUUCAUCGAGAUCCUGAGGCUCCUGGAGUGCGAGCUGGGGGACAAGAAGUACUUCGGCGGCGACGUCUUCGGCUUCGUUGACAUCGCGCUCGUCCCCUUCACGACCUGGUUCUACAGCUGCGAGACCUACGCCGGGUUCAGCGUCGAGGAGGCGGUCCCUAAGCUGGUGGCGUGGAGCAAGCGGUGCCUGGAGAGGGAAAGUGUCGCCAACUCCCUUUACGACCCCGUCAAAAUCUACGAGUAUGUCAAGACGAUAUUUGGGUAGUGAAUAAAGUCCCUGUAUAUAUAUGGA